AUGAAUCAUUCUGAUGGCGGCGGUGCUGAUAUGGACGAUCUCAGUGACGAUCCCUCAUCACCUGAAAGUGACAACUUUGACGACAGUGACCUGCUUUCAGGCGAAGUACACGAUGAGGUGACAGCCCAACUGGCUGCAGCAGGCCCAGUUGGGGUGGCUGCAGCCGCUGCCAUUGCAACAGCUAAAAAGCGGAAAAGACCGCACACGUUUGAAACCAAUCCAUCUAUUCGGAAACGGCAACAAACAAGGCUUUUAAGAAAAUUGAAGCAAACAAUUGACGAAUAUACAACAAGAGUAGGACAACAAGCAGUCGUUCUCAUAGUCACGCCAGGCAAGCCACAAAACAAUUUUAAAGUUUUCGGUGCUCGGCCACUGGAAAGUGUGGUAAGGCAAUGUCGACCCCUGGUUAUGCAGGAAUUAGAAGCAGCAUUAGCACAGCACGCACCGCCACAAGUGAAGGAAGAUCCGACGCUACACGAGUUGCCUCCUCUAGUCGUUGAUGGAAUUCCCACGCCAGUUGAGAAGAUGACUCAGGCACAACUGAGAGCUUUCAUACCUCUCAUGCUGAAAUACUCAACUGGGCGAGGCAAACCUGGCUGGGGCAAAGACUCCACCAGACCGCAGUGGUGGCCAGCAGAUCUUCCGUGGGCAAAUGUUCGCUCGGACGCUAGAAAUGAAGAGGACAAGCAGAAGCAAGUUUCAUGGACCCACGCAUUACGGCAAAUCGUCAUCAAUUGCUAUAAAUACCACGGACGCGAAGAUUUACUCCCCGCUUUUAGUGAAGAGGAAGACAAGUCGACCACUUCGACAGCAACUAUGUACACGCAGCCACUCUCGCACUUCACACCAAUGGUCCAAACGAUUAACAAUCCUGACGGCACUCUGUCUAUCAUCCAAGUGGAUCCUCAAGCCGUGGUGGCCAUUUCUGAUGGACAAAAUCAGAUGAGCACUUUGCGAACUUUAAGGUUCCAAAGUAACGACGGGGGCCAAGGUGGUGUGCAAACACUGGCGGAAAUUGCUACUGGCCAAGAUCAAGAGCAGCGCAUCGCUCAAAUUAGCACUGUCAACGUCGAUAUCGAGGGAGGAGGCACUCAGGCGGUGUCCCUAGCGGAAGCCACAAUCGGCCCUGAUGGGCAGAUUAUCCUCACCGGCGAAGAUGGAACUCAAAGCAGUUUUCCUAUGUCCGGCAUGGUCACCAUUCCUGUGUCAAUGUACCAGCAAGUGGUCAGCAACCUCAAUAUUAAUGAUAGUCAAAGUAUUCCUCUUGGCUUGUCAACACUGGCAGCAGCCAACAGCAACCAGCUCGGAGACAGUGCAAAUGACGAUGAUAAUGAAGUGAAGUGUGAGAUUUCUCAGUUAAACGGACAGGCGUCUAUACGCUUGGCAACAGCUGGUGAGAACAACAGCUGA